AUGGCCGACGAGAAUCGGAUUCUGGAGAAGACAAUCCGCGAGAAGGUCGAAGUCGACACGGGGCUUCUGGAGAACGCCUACGUCAAGCCUUCCGACUUCUACGCGCCCUACGUGGAGCUACCGUAUUAUCACGGACUGCUGCGGAACGUUGAUGUGGCAGAGUUGUUGGCACGGCCGGGAGAGUUCCUUUUAAGAUUUGCCAUGCCCACCACACCGACCGGCCCAAUGCGCCCUUUCCUGUCAGUUUAUCCAGUUGGCUCUAAAAGUAAAGAUGAGGUAAGGUUAACUUUAUUAAAGCGUAUUUUAUAAAAAAGGUAAUUCAGCUUUUUAAAAUAUAAAAUACUAAAAAAAUGUAAAAAUGAACUAUUAUCUAUUAUAUACCUUAUAUUUUCAAACACCAUACUAAGUUUAAUGUUAUUUUUAGAUUGUUCAUAUUGAAAUCACGACGGCCGAAGGCAAAUACACAGUAGAAACGGGAGGAACCUUUGACACCGUAGCCCUGCUAGUCACCCAUUACCAAACCGAAAAAAAGUCCGUCCACCCAACAGCGUCAGCCUUGUUGAAUAAGCCGGCCAAGAGGCAUCGAUGGCAACUGCGCAACUAUUUGCUCAAGAUGGAAAGAAAACUUGGCGAAGGCACAUUUGGUAAGUUGAGUAAAACAUAUUAUAAGUAGUGCCAUAUUCUAAGUAUUCUCACAAAAAAGUGACAAGAUUUUCUUGACCAAGAUGUUGGCUUAGAGAUUUUAAAAAACUUGAGUUACUGUAGAUAAGAUUUUAAAUUACUGUAGAUAGGACUUUAAAGUAAACUUCUUAAAUUUUAGCCCAAGUAAAUCGCGGGAUUCUCCGAGUACGUGCCAAAGAACGAGAAGUUGCCAUCAAGAUUUGUCGCGAAAAUGAGAAAAUAACAAAAGAACAGAUGCUGAACGAGGUGAUGAAGGAGGUCCAUAUCAUGAAGCCGCUACGUCAUCGUCAUGUCGUUCGCCUUUAUGGCGUAGCCAUGGAUUAUGAACCGUAGGUGAUUACUGUACUAUUUUUUUAAUUGAUUUCCAUACUUAUUGUCUUACGAAUCAAGCAUAGUUAGAUAAGUAUUGCCGUACCUUUUAGAAUAAUGAUUGUCAUGGAACUGGUACGUGGAGGGUCGUUGCAACGGUAUCUACGGAAGAAUCCUGGCAAAAUACCCACUCUUGAGAAACUGGAGCGUAUGAUACUCGGAGCAGCGUGCGGAAUACAGUACAUUCACGAAAAAACCUUAAUUCAUCGAGACAUUGCGGCCAGAAACUGCCUGUAUUCAAAAGAUAUUGUAAGUUUACAUUGUUUUAACAUACACACUUUUGCAUUAUAUACCUCACAACACUAGUUUACAAACUAUUUUUAGUGUAAAAUCAGUGACUUUGGCCUAGCGUGCGUUGGUGAGUCGUUCAAGCUUAAAGUGGUCUGCAAAGUGCCAUUCAAGUCGAUGGCACCAGAAGUGUUUUGCACCUUCCGCUACACUCCAAAAUCCGACGUAUACGCAUUUGGAGUAAUGAUCUGGGAGAUAUUCAUGGACGGCAAGGAACCCUAUCCUGACAAACGGCUGCCAGAAGUCAAAGCGAUGGUGGUAUCUGGAGCUCGACUCACAUUCCCAGAUACGACACCUCCAGAAAUCAAGGAAAUGACAAAUACUUGUUGCUGGGCCACGAACCCCGAUGAUCGACUUACGAUGGCACAAAUCGUAAGAAAACUGGACGAGUUCAUUCACAAGUACGUCAACGAGCUGUCAAGGUCAAAGUCGGACAACAUAGAGGAAGACGUAGAGCCAGGAGAACCACCUCGAAACUCCGCUGCUCAUUUGGCCAAUGUUUUGGACAGAAGCAGAGAAACGGCCGAUAAAACCGAAGACAAAACUGACCAUAAGGAUAAGACGGUCGACUGUGAGGUACGAAGUUUUUCCUUAUUUUAUAAUGCUAAAAUGACUAAUUCAAGACUUUUCUGCUUAGUUCCUGACCGAGGUAUUAAGAUACAAAAAGGUGCUUAAACUUUACUUCAAUACUAUGUUUUAGAUCUCAACGUACUCGACGAUGUCUGUAGUUGGAGAACCAUCUCAAGUCGGCUCCCUCAGCUCUCCAGCUCAGUUAAGCAAAAAAGGAAAACCAUCUUCAAAACGCAAAAAGAAUUGA